AUGGACCGUGAGGGUCGUCCUGUAAUUGAAGCUCCGCCCACAUUCCAAGCACUGAUAGGGUUUCUCCCCAGUAUGAAUUCUUUGGUGGGAAGCGAGACCGGAGCUCCCAGUGAAACUCUUCCCACAUUUCGAGCACUGAUAGGGUUUCUCACCACUGUGAAUUCUUUGAUGGGCCAUGAGAUGGGUUCUCUGACUGAAGCUCUUUCCACACUCUUGGCAUUCAAAUGGCUUCUCCCCCCUGUGAAUUCUCUGAUGUUUACGGAAGGUUUUGCUUGUAUUAAAGCUUUUCCUACAUUCUAA